GGGGCGCUCUGAGCGCAGGUGCAGCCGCUGCCCCUCCAACUGACGAGAGACUCCUCGUCGGCUUUGGUGCUCCUUUCAGUGUGCACCAAACGACCUUCUUAGCAAGCCGCGUCACAAGCGGAGAAGCAUCUUUCUACAAGCGUCGGCGUGCAUUGAAGCUCAAGAUGAUUGGAAUUUCGACACUUGCCACCUUCGCGAUGCUGUUGGCUACCGCUUUUGCACAGGAGCGGCGUGCCAUUGCCUUGGUGGUGAAUCCGCCGACGGCGCAGGGCUAUGCUGUGAAUGGUAGCGUGUCCUUCUCACAGUCCAAACCUGGCGAGCCUGUGUUGGUCGAGGGAGUCAUCACUGGCCUGAAGGUGAACGCCUUGCACGGCUUCCAUAUUCACGAAAAAGGCGACAUCAGCACCAAGGGCUGCUUGAGUACUGGUGGACACUUCAACCCUCAGAGGAAGGUGCAUGGCGGCCCCAACGACAGGGAGCGUCAUAUUGGAGACUUGGGCAACAUCCGCUCCGAUGAAAAUGGAAUUGCGGUUAUCCGCAUCCUAGAUUCAAUGAUAUCGCUUGAGGGAGAAAACAACAUCUUGGGACGCGCCGUCGUUGUGCACGAAGGCGAAGACGACCUCGGCAAGGGCAUUGGUGAACUCGAAAAGGGCAGCAAAGCCACCGGCAACGCUGGAGGCAGACUUGCGUGCGGCGUCGUCGGACUCCAGCACCCAGUGGAACCGUGGAGCAGCUCGUCAGUGCCCGCAGCCACGCACGCAGUGCCCCUUGCCAUGCUGGUCGCUCUCUCAGCCGCACUGCUUCUCUAAGCCAAAUGAAUCUACCCAUAUGGCUGAGAUUUUUAGAUCUCUUUUGUCCACAGCCUAUUACUCCAGGGACUUAAAUAUAUAUGAAAUCAUUGCAGUAAUGAAUAAUGUACAAAGCAGUACAAAAUAUUUUUAAUUGAAUGCUAAAGUAUAACUUAUGGAGAUAACAAUUUAUAAUGAAUAUUUGUUAAAACUUGUAUUUUGUAACAGAAACUUUAUUUUGAUUUCUCUCGUUACAAAAGUAGUACAUAUAUGAUUUUUUUAAUCAUGUUUUUUGUAUCGUCUUUUUGAUUUCCAGUUUUAUUGCAAGAAAGGUGAAAGUGCCAUGAUAUUGUAUCUCCUUUUGUGGCUCUUUGUGUUAUGGUUUUUUUUUUUAAAACCAACACAUUGUAGUGUUCAAAUGUAGUUUGUACAUCAAAUAAACCAUUAUAUUUCUCUAACGAAACAGUCA